AUGGCACUGAGCGCAUCGGAACAGGUUUGUAUCGUGGAUGAAAAUAAUCGAGUCAUUGGGAAGGCUGACCGGGCUGUAAUGCGCGCGUACAACCUCCCACAUCGUGCAUCCUAUAUCAUCAUCAAGAACGCGAGUGGCAAGUACUAUGUCCAGCGCCGGACAAUGAUCAAGGACUAUUGUCCGGGCAUGUUAGAUCCGAUGACCGGUGGAGUGGUUCAGUUUGGCGAAUCUAUGGACGUGAGUGCAGAACGUGAAGCUGAAGAGGAGAUGGGGGUCAAGGACACGCCGCUGCGGUACUUGACGACGUUUUACUAUGGAGACGACCACAGCCGAGUGUGGGGUGGCCUCUUUGACUGCACGUUUGAUGGACAGUUGGUUCUGCAGAAAGAAGAGGUGGACGAGGCCCUCGCAAUGUCAGCAGACGAGAUACUGGCACGGCGCGCAGAGUUCACACCAGAUGGCAUCUUUGCCUUUGAAAAGUAUCUGACGAUCGUUGACGGGGCGUAG